AUGGUUUCGACUAGCUCUACUUGCAUUCUCUGUUUGAUUUUGCUUUUUGCCCAUAUUUCAGCUGUAACAGUAAGUAGAAUUCUUCACUUCGGAUAUUUAAAAAUGCUUAUUAUAAUAUACAUUUUUCACCAUCUACAUAUUUAUGUCUUCCAGAUUAAGCAACCUCCUAAAGGAAAUGGAAAUGAUGCAGACUUUAAUGAACAGAAGGAUAUUUCAGAAAUAAAUUUAGCUGCUGGCUUGGACCUCUUUCAAGGUGACAUACUCCAGCAAAAAUCCAAAAAUGGCCUGAGAGAUCCCAGCACCAGGUGGAAGUUCCCCAUUCCUUACAUUUUGGCUGACAAUCUGGAUCUGAAUGCCAAAGGAGCUAUUCUCUAUGCCUUUGAAAUGUUCCGCCUCAGAUCCUGUGUGGAUUUCAAGCCAUAUGAAGGAGAAAGCUCAUACAUCAUCUUUCAGAAGUUUGAUGGGUGCUGGUCUGAGGUAGGUGACCAACAUAUAGGACAGAAUCUUUCCAUUGGUGCACGUUGUGACUAUAAAGCCAUCAUCCAACAUGAGAUCCUGCAUGCUUUGGGAUUUUACCAUGAACAAUCAAGAUCUGACAGGGAUGACUAUGUGAACAUCUGGUGGGAUGAAAUUCUUCCAGGUUACCAGCACAACUUUAAUACCUAUGAUGACAACAUGAUCACAGACCUCAAUACACCCUAUGACUAUGAGUCUUUGAUGCACUAUGCACCUUUCUCAUUUAACAAGAAUGAAAGUGCCCCUACUAUCACAGCCAAGAUCCCUGAGUUUGAUGCCAUCAUAGGGCAGCGCCUGGAUUUCAGUCCCAUUGACUUGGAGCGCCUAAAUCGAAUGUAUAAUUGCACCACGACUCACACCCUUUUGGACCACUGUGCUUUUGAGAAGACAAAUAUCUGUGGGAUGAUUCAGGGCACCAAAGAUGAUGCUGACUGGGAUCAUAAGGAUAGCACUCUACCAGGACAAAUGGAUCACACGUUGGUUGGACGAUGUACAGGUGCUGGCUAUUUCAUGCACUUUAGCACCGACUCAGGGAAUAAAGAAGAGGCAGCACUGUUGGAGUCUCGGAUUCUUUACCCCAAGAGGAAACAGCAGUGUCUACAGUUUUUCUAUAAAAUGACAGGAAGUCCUUCAGAUCGUCUGGUCAUCUGGGUGCGGAGGGAUGAUGGCACAGGCAAUGUUCGCAAGCUAUUCAAGGUGGAGACCAUUCGAGGUGAUGGAGUACAAGACUGGAAAAUUGCCCAUGUGACUCUCAGAGAGGAAAAGAAGUUUCGUUACCUGUUUCAGGGAACAAGAGGUGACCCCCAGAAUUCGAAUGGAGGGAUUUACCUAGAUGACAUCACUCUGACUGAAACUCCAUGCCCCACUGGGGUUUGGACAGUACGAAAUUUCUCCCAGCUUAUUCAGAACACAACCAAAGGAGACAACAUGUACAGUCCUCAGUUCUACAAUUCAGAGGGAUACUGCUUUGGCUUGAGUUUAUACCCUAAUGGCAAAAAUACUUCCAGCAAUUCCUAUACAGCACUUGAUUUUCACCUGUGCAGUGGGGAGAAUGAUGCUAUCCUAGAGUGGCCUGUGAUAAAUAGACAGGCAAUAAUGACUAUACUGGACCAGGAACCUGAUGCCAGGAAUAGAAUGUCUGCAAGUAUGGUGUUCACUACCUCCGAGACCCAUACAUCUGCAACAAUAAAUGACUCUGUCAUCUGGGACCGGCCAUCCCGUGUGGGAACUUUUGAUGGCAGCUGUAAUUGUUUUAGAAGCAUUGGUAGGGGCUGGUCUAAUUUUAUCUCCCAUGAAAUGCUGAAAAGAAGGAGUUUCCUUAAAAAUGAUGACCUCAUAAUAUUUGUGGAUUUUGAAGAUAUCACCCACCUUAACCAGACUGAAGUUCCCGUUAAAAACACAAGACUGACCCCUCCAGACCUGGUUUUCCAAGAGCAGGAGAAGCAGGACUUCUCAGAAGAUGAUUCGGAGAAGGCUGUGUGGGAGAGAUUCUCCUUAGACAGCCAAAGCCAAGAGCAACCCAGCAGACAGAAGCGGUCCGUGGAGAACACAGGCCCCAUGGAGGACCACAACUGGCCACAAUACUUCAGAGAUCCCUGCGACCCCAACCCUUGUCAAAAUGAAGGCAUCUGUGUAAAUGUGAAGGGGAUGGCAAGUUGCAGGUGUGUGUCUGGUCAUGCCUUCUUCUACACGGGAGAGCGGUGCCAGGCCAUGCAAGUGCAUGGCAGUCUCCUGGGCCUGAUGAUUGGAGGCACUGCAGGGGCAAUUUUCUUGACCAUAACCAUCGUCUCUAUCCUCUCUCAAAGGUCUUGGAUCACACAUUGGCUGGCACCUGUCACAAUGUGUAUUCAGUUGCUGGACCAGAAUUCUAUCAGCUGGUCUCAGCCAAGGGCUGACUGGCAAGGCUCCCCAAAUGUUUCUGAUCACUUAUCCCACCCAUCCUCAGAAGAGGGUUCCAGAGCUGCUUCCCAUAAUGACCACGAGGUGGCAAUCAAACCUCAAGAAAAGAGGAGAGACUACAGCCUGGGAGCCCGGCGCUGGCUGCCAGCUGUCACUCAUUAG